ACCAGUCUUCAUGCCGGUUGAUUAAAUACAAAAUAUACUAUCACCCACUAUCUUUCUAUCAUAGCUAAACACUAGUUUUUAUUUGUUGUAUCUGUUACUAAAGUUUAAAAAAUAUAAAUGCAACAGUUGGACGGAAAGCUAACUCGUUAUGAGAAAAUUGCAUUUCUUGGCGAAGGUCAGUUUGCCACAGUAUAUAAGGCGCGAGAUGUGCUCACCGAUCAGAUUGUCGCAGUGAAAAAGAUUAAAAUAGGAAGCAGGGAAGAGGCUCAGGAUGGUAUAAAUCGCACUGCUUUACGUGAAAUUAAGUUGCUACAUGAGCUGCAACAUGAGAAUAUUAUUGGUUUAGUAGACGUUUUUGGUCAUAAAUCAAAUGUAUCAUUAGUUUUCGACUUUAUGGAUACCGAUUUGGAAAUUAUCAUUAAAGACCCUAAAAUUAUACUCACACAGGCAAAUAUAAAAGCUUACAUGAUUAUGACUUUGCGAGGCUUAGAGUAUUUGCAUAUGAACUGGAUUCUGCAUCGAGAUUUGAAGCCAAACAAUUUAUUGGUUAAUACGGACGGUGUACUCAAAAUUGGUGAUUUCGGUCUGGCAAAAUUUUUUGGUUCACCUAAUCGUAUAUACACACAUCAAGUAGUGACAAGAUGGUACAGGGCACCCGAAUUAUUAUUUGGCGCGCGCCAAUAUAGCACGGGAAUAGAUAUUUGGGCUGUAGGCUGCAUACUUGCAGAAUUGCUAUUACGUGUCCCUUUUUUGCCAGGCGACUCAGACCUUGACCAGCUUACGAAAAUUUUCCAAGCCCUUGGCACUCCCACUGAGGAGACUUGGCCGAAUUUGAAUAAAUUACCUGAUUAUAUGCAAUUCAAACAGUUUCCUGCAAUUCCCUUACAACAUAUCUUCACAGCUGCGCCUGAUGAUCUUAUCGUAUUGGCGGAAAAAUUAUUGGCACUUAAUCCAGCACAACGUUGCACGUGCACGGAGGCAUUAUGUAUGAAAUACUUUUCCAACAAACCGGCACCAUCUAUGGGGCACAAACUACCAAUGCCUUCGAGCAACAAGCAGGCUGUCGAGGAAAGACCAAACCUCAAACGAAAACUCAUUGAUGCCUUAGAAGGUGGCACCGUGCCAAAGAAACUUUUUUGAAUAAGUUUACAAUAGGUUGAUAAUGAUAAUAUUUUUUAAUUACAAUUCGAAUAUGUGAAUUGUUAGUUUUAUCUGUUGUUAAUUACUAUUAUUCCUUAUAUUAAUACAUAUAAAAGUUAAAAAGAAACACAAUUUAGUAUAUGUAAAAAUACAAUUUUCUUUAUUAAAAACAA